UACAGAAAGACUACAAAACAUCGCAGAUACAAACAGAUGAAGCAUUCAGUCAGGACCCUGUAAAGCAAAAGAAUCCUUCUAUAAUCCCUAUUAGUAUCAAAGUAGUGUUUAAUGGCUGUGAGUAUGUCUAAAUUACUUGUUAUUUAUAUAGUAUCAGAGUGUCUUCUAUUACAAAUUUCAGUUACGGAAGCAGGAGAUGCGUCCGCUAGCUUCGAACUGCAUGGUGGGAAACUUGUUCAGCUUGAUGGUGAUGCCAAAUUUAUGGGAGGAAGUGUAUUCCAACUUACAGACAGCUCAAAGGGUCUACGUUCUGGAAGUGCAGGCAGAGUAGUUUACAUGAACACAAUUACGCUGUGGAAUUCUUCAACUAAAUCAUCUGCUAACUUCACCACUCAUUUUCAAUUCCAAAUCAACUGGACUCCCAAUGGUGACAAUAAGUCUAUUGAUAAUGGUGGCGAUGGACUUGCUUUCUUCAUGGCGGCUCCAGAAUCUGGUAAUCACCUCGGGUACAGAACUGAUGGUGGAUGGCUCGGCCUUUUUACUCCAAAUAAAAAUGGUAAUUUAUCCAACAAACUUGUAGCUGUUGAAUUCGAUACAUAUAGCAGUAAUCGGGGUGAAAAUAGCAAUCACAUAGGAAUUGAUAUCAAUAAUAUUACAUCUAAAGCUUCUGUUCCUGCAAAUCAAAGAUUGAAUAAUGGCAAGAUAUGGAACGCUAGGAUUGAUUACUGUGGCAAUGAAAAUAUGUUGAACGUAUCUGCUGGAUCAGAGGGACAAGUAUCAGUCCGUUUGUCAUAUGAGGUAAAUUUGACAAAAUAUCUUCCUCAAUGUGUUGUAGUGGGGUUUUCAGCUUCAGCCUCUGAGUCAAGUGAGAUUCAUCGACUAAUUUCUUGGAACUUCAGUAGUAUUUUAUCGAAUUCGUCUGGAAUACAGUCAUCUAGAAAGAAGAAAAUUUCGUGGAAAGCAAUCAUCAUAGUCAGCUCUGCCAUUUUGGUUGCAGUGCCUCUUGUUUCCUUUGUCUUUUAUCGUUAUUCCAGACGAAACAGAGAGAAACAGCAGUCCGAUAUGGAUAUGGCACUGGAUCAUGUUCCACGGAGAUUUACUUACGCUGAGCUCAGUUCAAGCACUAGUCGUUUCAGUGAGCAGAAAAGAGUUGGUCGAGGAGGAUUCGGAGAUGUGUACAAAGGCAUUUUGGUGAAAUCAGAUGAAACGGUUGCAGUGAAGCGCAUAUCUGCAGCAUCAAAGCAAGGGAAAAAGGAGUAUCUUGCUGAAAUAAGAACAAUCACUCGCCUGAGGCAUCGCAAUUUGGUUCAGCUGUUGGGUUGGUGCCAUGAGAAAGGUCAGCUGCUGUUGGUCUAUGAAUAUAUGCCUAAUGGGAGUCUAGAUAAUCUCCUUUUUGGUAGAAGGAGAGGAGAACUACAGUGGAACCACAGAUAUAGAAUCGCCACUGACAUAGCUAAUGCACUGCUUUAUCUUCAUGAUUUAUGGGAUGAAUGUGUAGUACACAGAGACAUUAAAUCCAGCAAUGUUUUGCUCGAUUCUGAAUUCAAUGCGAAGUUGGGGGACUUUGGAUUGGCACGACUGGUGAAGCAUGAUCAAUGGCUUAAAACCACCAAGAUAGCAGGCACUUUGGGGUACCUCGCACCCGAAUGUGCAGUCACAGGAAUAUCUAGCACAGAGUCAGAUGUGUUCAGCUUUGGGGCAGUUGCUUUGGAAAUAGCCUGCGGAAGACCGGCAUUAGAUCAUAACCUCGAAAGCCCUAAAAUACGUCUUGUGCAAUGGGUUUGGGAUUUGUAUGGCGAAGGCAGGUUGAUCGAUGCAGCAGACAGCAAUUUACUUGGAAUAUUUGAUAGGGUAGAAUUGGAACAGCUGAUGAUGAUAGGAUUAUGGUGCUCUCAUCCAGAUCCUGCUACAAGACCCAAAAUAAGGCAAGUGCUUCAGCUCUUGAACUUUGAAUUGCCUAUGCCUCGUCUACCCAGCACACUGCCUAGAGCCACAUAUUCUCCUCUGGAACAAGGUUUCUUUCCUCACUCGUCAGAUUUUGCUGCUCCUCCCGAUUCGGGCUCUAGUGAUAUACCAAGAUAAGACAAGUAUUCCAGAUCUUGAACUUUGAAGUACAAGAUAAUGUUUCUUUUCUCAGUCUUCAGGUCUUUCUGCUCCUCUAGAUUCAGCUCUAGAACAAGGUUUCUUUUCUCAGACGUUAGAUUCGGGUUCUACCGAUACACCAAGCACUUCCUCUCAGGUGUUGGCGUCAAGCAUUGGCAAGUACGUAAAUUGAGUGCCUUAUGAUUUUGUAGCUCGGUUAUUCGUGAAAAUAUAUAUACAUAAGAACAUGUGUAUACCAUCUGUCUCAAGUGGUACAUUCCAUAAAGUUCAGAACUUCUAUGUCAAGUAUUUCUCUCUUCAUAGGUUUGUAAUAGCCGCAGUCAAUUAGCCCUGUUUUGCAGUUGUCAAUUUUCAGUCUCGAUAUAUUUCUAGUCCUUCCAUCUUAUCCUUUCA